AGGAAGGAAAGGUAAGCACGUAGAAACGGUGUCUUCUGCUGAAAUAUGUACUUGAUAUGAAGGCGAUCUCAGAUAUAAGGCAUUCAAAGUUGCGUUUUGGUUUGGCUCCGUCAUUACAAACAACCGAUUACUAUCCAGAUACCAUGGACCCAGGUCAUGAGAACCAAGGCUCCAGCAGCUGCCCUGUGUAUGUGCACAAUCCCCACUUGAAGACGAUGAAAGAGGAUGUUCUCUACCACUUUAACCUUGGGACCUCAACUCACAACCUGCCAGCCCUGUUUGGUGAUGUCAAAUUUGUGUGUGUCGGGGGAAGUCCCUGGAGAAUGAAGUCGUUCAUUGAAUACAUUGCUGGAGAGCUUGGCUUAGAGGACCCCAAAUCAGAGUACCCAAACAUAUGUGCCGGAACAGAUCGUUAUGCCAUGUACAAAGUGGGUCCUGUCCUCUCCGUCAGUCAUGGAAUGGGUAUACCAUCCAUCUCAAUCAUGCUGCACGAGCUAUUAAAACUGCUCCAUCAUGCCCAUUGUACUGAUGUUACCAUUAUACGGAUUGGUACUUCUGGUGGAAUAGGGCUUGAGCCCGGAACGAUCGUCAUCACCAAGCAGUCUGUGGACGCCACCUUUCUACCCAAGUUUGAGCAGGUGAUCCUUGGGAAGAAUGUCGUACGCAGCACUGACCUGGACACAGAGCUGGCUGAGCAGCUGCUGCAGUGCAGUAAUAGGCUCAACCAGUUCAAAUCAGUUAUUGCCAACACCAUGUGCACCAUGGACUUCUAUGAAGGCCAGGCCCGCCUGGACGGAGCAUUCUGCUCCUACACCCAAGAGGACAAGCAGGACUACCUUGCCAAAGCGUAUGCAUCCGGAGUUCGCAACAUCGAAAUGGAGUCCUCUGUAUUCGCUAGCAUGUGUAAACUAAGUGGUUUGAAAGCUGCUGUGGUGUGUGUCACACUCCUGGACCGCCAGAAGGGGGACCAGCUGAGCGGCUCUCAUCAAGUCCUCCAUGACUUACAGCAACGGCCUCAGAUUCUAGUUGGCCACUUCAUUAAAAGUCAGCUAGAGUCCUCAGGGAAAAUCUAAGCUGUAGAUUGUAUUGGGAAAAUCUUAAAGUCUUUGAGUGGAAUGCAUUGUUUGAUAGUUUUUGUUUCUGUGAUUUUAUUAAUUGUGCGUAGCUCAAAGCCUGGAAAUCCAGAAAGCUGUAGGGUCUGGCAACGAGUAAUGAAAAUGGCCCAACUCGACGGGCGUCAUCAAGCAUGCAUUUGAAAAUAUCACUGCAUGUAAUUGGAUAACACAACAACCUAUCAGGAAAAAACAUGGGGUGACGUAUCCAGUGCGACACUCUGAUCUCGCCGGCAGGGAUGUCACGUGGUUCAUGUAAACCUGUAUGGUUCCAAAACACGUCGUGUUGCUGUGUUCAAUGGGACUGAUGGCAGCGAUUGCAAUAUUGAAUGGUAAAUAUAAAUUAAAAACGUUAAGUUUGAGGGAAGCAAUAGGCUGACUUUAGUGUCUUAACCUUAACUUUUACCUUAAAUCUGUUCUGAAAUCAAAGACGAUUCAAGAUGUUCAUUUUUGCUCAACUGGACUAUUGGAUUUCCUUGAUUUUGCGUGUAAUUCCGAUUCACUUACCCGUGGUCAGAGAGCGCUUGAGAAAGCAGAGUAGCAGUAGAGUCCAUUUAGCAUUUAUUUUCCAACUUCUUCUGAUAAGGCAGGAGCUCACCACACAACCAUGAUACUUUUAAGACUAAGCCAUACAUAGUAUCAUAUAUUAAAGAACAAAUCAUUACGCUUGGAUGAAUUAAAUAGUAUUUAUUUUUAUUAAACAAUGGGUGAGACAACAAGAA